ACGACAGAUUGGUUUUCAAAAGUGCCGUAAAGCAGUUUGUCCACACAAGUGUGUAUCAACAUCAACACCUGCUCGUUUAAAAAAUGUUUAAGAAAAAAACAAGAAGGAACAUUCGGCAAAGAAAAGGAGAAUCAAGCGAGGAAGAGGAUGAACAUAAAAUUGAAAACAAAGACGAAAAGAAGAAGCUUCUUGACAACUCCGCGGUGACCAAGCCGUCUCAAAGUUCACAAGGCCGCGGUAUAUCGUGCAGUUCAAAGCAAGAAACGACGCCGCCAAAGUCGGCUCAGAGCGAAGGAGAAGAUGCUCUUGACAGCAGACAUUCUACUGAGCAGAAACAGAAAGCAAGCGCUGUGCUUAGUUUCUCCGAGGACAAAGACGCUGAGGGAGCGGAGUUUAAGCUAAGGAAGUCAUCCGACAAAGCAAUCGUUUUUCAAGCCAAAAGAAAAGAAGGAUCAUCAGCGAAGAAUACCCACAGAAGCCGUCCAGUGCAACGCGCUCCCCUGCCGUCUGGUUCACCCAGGCAGGAUUCUUCGAGUCCAGCCUCCCUUCCCACACCUGAUGAAGAAGAUAAUAGUGAUGGUUCUACAUCAUCGCUCUCAAGUUUGUCCUCCUCGCCAGCCUCUAAUCACUCUGCUUACAAACCAGUUAUAAUCCCCAGUGCGAAAACCAUCAAAACGGCCAGGAGGAAACGUCAAGAAGCAAGAUCCCAGAAAGACUUCAUUUCCCUGGGUAGGGAUGGCCGGAGCUCUGCUGGCAGCACCCCAGAUCGCCGCAGCAGGGACAGCGACCGCGACGACUACGAACCGGAUGAUUGCGAGCGAAGGAUUGAGUUUGCCCCGCGUGCGAAGAGCGUUCGAGAGAGGAUUGCGGAGAAACUUGGAAGCAGUGAUGAAAGUAAAUCUGACUCUGAGGAAGAGGAGCAGAAACUUUGGGAGGAGACUCAGAUUUUCAAGGGACUCAAAAGACGUCCAGGUGAACAGAGUCCUUCAGGCAGUGAAGCCAGCAACUACAGCAGCAGCAGCAGAAGCAGGAGGAGAAACCAACACAGGCAGAAGAAGGCCGGCUUCAACUACCCAGAGAGCCUGCCGCCCGUCACCGUCUCACUGGUGAAACGGAGGCUUGAGGGAAAGCUGGAGUCGCUGAAGGAGGUGCACCGAGCGCGGCAGGCGGAGCUGAGGAGGAUGGAGGGGGACGUGGAGAACGCCAGGAGCUCCAUGGAGAACCUGGAGGGCAGCGCCUCGGACAAACAGCUCUGCUUCUACAGGGCCAUGACCCAGUACGCCAACAACCUGGUGGAGUGUCUCCAGGAGAAGGUGGUGGAGAUCAACUUGUUGGAGCUGGAGCUGCACACUCUCCUGGCAGACCAGAUGGAGUCACUGUUGGCAGACCGGAGGAAGAGUGUCAGAGAGCGGGCCGCUCACCUGCAGCAGCUCACCCAUGGCACCAAGGAGCAGGGCCUAGACUCCUCGGAUGGGACUCAGGGAGAGGUGACUUAUGAGCAAGGAGGUGUGAAGGUCUGUAGCGACAUACCAGAAGACAUGCAGCCUUCAUCUGAGGAAGAGGAGCGACUGCAGAAGACGAGGGCUGAUAUUCUUCUGCGGGCCCAGACUGUGUUCUCCGACGUCCAGGAAGACUUUUCAGACAUUAAGAAGAUCCUGUCCCGCUUCGUGGACUGGAGAGGUGCCUACUCGGACUCCUAUCACAACGCCUACAUUAACCUGUGUCUGCCCAAGCUGCUCAGCCCUUUGGUACGCCAUCAGAUGCUGGCAUGGGACCCACUGAAGGAUGUCUGUGCCGACUUCGAAGCGCUUCCCUGGUACCUAGCGGUGGAGACAUUCUGUCACGGCCAAGGCUACGAAGAGCUAGAGGACUCGGACACCAAAACACUGCCCAGUGUCAUAGAGAAGACGGUCCUGCCAAAGAUAACAGCCUACGUUGAGCUGGUGUGGGACCCGCUGUCUCUCGGACAGACGGCCCAUCUCUCGGACCUCUGCCACAAGCUGAACGAGGACUACUCUGUCUUCAGCGGAGAGCGUAGCAAGCCGGCCAAGGUGUUGGUGGAGGUGCUGGUGACCAGGCUGAGAAGCUGUGUCGAUGAAGAUGUCUUCAUCCCUCUGUACCCUAAAAAGUUUCUGGAAGACCGAAUGUCCCCUCAGUGUCUCUUCCGUGACCAACAGUUCUGGACCGCGGUGAAGUUGCUAGGUAACAUGGGGAAGUGGGACACGCUGCUGUCUGAGUCUGUGCUGAAGGAGCUGAUGCUGGACAAGCUGCUGAACAGAUACCUGAUGAUGACCCUUCUCAACCAGAGCCCAGCCAGCUCCACUGUGACUGCAUGCAGCAAGAUAGCAGGCAGUCUUCCCCUCUCUUGGUUUACCGGAGAAAGUGUGUGCCCACCGCAGCUUCACUCUUUCACCAACCAUCUGGUCCAGACUGCCCACUCUGUCUGCACCGAGCAGCCCCCCGAAGAGCCCCACACAAGGUCUGCCAUGGUCAGUGUUCUGAAGGUGCUGAGUAGAAUACGCUGUUAUGACCCCAUCAUGACCAUUGCAGAGAAAUAUAAUUACCAAGACCUCAUCUACACUCACCAACUCACCAAUCCAGACACCAUAUGAACUGCAAGACGUCGACUACUCGUUCUUAAAUGUGACAACGUCGGAGUGCUAUGUUUUGAGCUGGUUGGUAGGAAGGUCUUCCAUCCGUUGUGAUGCAUUGCCUGUAUUUAGUAGCCGCUAUUGGUUAGAAGCAUCUGGAAGAUCAAACGUGACCCAAUGUCCAAUGCAGGUCACCUCAUACUUUUAUAUAGGAAUGAUUAUUUGCGAUGGCAACUUUCCACCUGCAAUACUUAGCAUGAUGUGUCUGAAGAAGAAAGCGAACAAAACAAUAUCACUUUUUAACAUAUUGAGCUGUCUUGAUCACCAUUUGUUUUCAUUGCCUGACAAUUGCUGUAAUAGUGGGUCUUUUUUUAUAUAUUGUAUACAGCAGGUAAAUGUAUGAGACAAACAUGACAAAUAAAUGAUUUGAUGCAUUACAUUUUA